AUGGGUUCAUCAGGGUGCUCGGAGAUAGUCGAGAUGGCGGACGACCCCAAAGACUCCCGUCCGGGCGGGGGCGGCGGCGUCACGCACCUGCGGGUGCGGGUGAAGCCGGCGGGGCAGGAGCACGGGGCGCGGUCCUGCUCCGUCGAGGACGACCUCGACCGGCUCCUCAGAUCCUUCAACGUGCGCACCUCCGCGCGGGCCUCCGGGCAGACCAGCACGGACCGGCGGCUCAUCGCGCUCGGGAAGGCGCCCAUGUCCAGCUCCGAGAUCAUGGAGUCCGUCAGCCUCAAGCAGGCGCUCCGGAAGAUGUGCAUCUCCCAGGCCUCCGAGAUGGCCGCCAUGAAGCGGAUCUCCAAGCCGGCCGCUGUCUCGUCAUCCAACGCCUCUGAUUCCGGGGCGAUUAAGAAGCUUUACGAUUCCGUCGUGGUUCACGCCACCGGCGAGGAGCAAGAUGCUAAGGUUGGUAAGGCCUCUGUUUCGCCUGAGAAGGCUGUGGUGAUCUCGUCGGUUGUUAAGCCGGCUGAAUCGUCAAGCAAGAAGGUGGUGCCCCCCAGCAAGAGCUCGGCUAACAAGCAUUUGCGGUCAGCUUCUCCAACCAAGGCCAAGGUUCAGAAAACCAGGAUCCAAGAUGUGAUGGCGAGCGAAGAUCCGUCUGCAGGGAAAACCGUGGCAAAACAGAGGAAGGGGAAAUCUCCCAAAGCGUCGAGCCCGCGGGCUGUUCCGGUAGGCGGCUCGCGCCUGGUGAGGCCAGUGUUUCGCAGCAAGUCCUCCACCAAAAAGAAGGUCAAGCCCGAACCAUCUGCAGGUGUGCCGGCCAUUAAGCAUUGCGAAGCAAAAGGUUCCAGUUCUCAUGCUAAUAAACUGCAAGAGGCCAUUCAGGAUGAACCCAGAACUCCGCCAACGACCAACAAGAAGGGUGCUGACAGCUCUUUCAGUGCCGAAGGAUGUGGUGUUAGCGGGAUCCCUGCUCCGCAGCCCGGUGACUUGUCAAGAUCGAAGGAAAAGGGCGAAAGCUCCCAAAGCUCGAAGAGCAGCAUUGGUGACUACAGCAAUAGCACCAGCACGAGCAUCAGCGAAGAUAGCUAUGGCAGUUUCAGUGCUAACGGCAGCAGGCCUCACAUGUCGAAAGAUGUGAGAUGGGGAGCCAUGAAGCGCGUAGCGAUCCAACAAGGGACCCUAGGGCUCAAGAACUUCAAGCUUCUCAAACAACUUGGCUGUGGAGAUAUUGGAACUGUUUAUCUUGCUGAGCUGGUGGGUUCGGACUGCAUGUUUGCGUUGAAAGUGAUGGACAUUGAGUACCUAAUAAGCAGAAAGAAGAUGCUGAGGGCUCAAACGGAGAGGGAGAUACUGCAGAUGCUUGACCACCCAUUUCUUCCUACUCUGUAUUCGUAUUUCACGACAGAUAAUCUGUCUUGCCUAGUCAUGGAGUAUUGUCCAGGAGGUGACCUGCAUGUCCUAAGGCAGAAGCAACCCACUAGGACCUUUUCAGAAGCCGCCGCUAGGUUUUAUGUGGCUGAAGUUCUUCUAGCGCUGGAGUAUCUGCAUAUGUUGGGGGUUAUAUAUCGCGAUCUGAAGCCUGAAAACAUACUUGUUCGUGAAGAUGGGCAUAUCAUGCUCUCUGACUUUGAUCUGUCCCUGAGGUGCUCAGUUAGUCCAAUGCUCGUGAGGUGUUCAUCAGUAGGAAGAGAUGAGCCACCUAGGCCUUCGGGGCCUUGUGCAGAAAGCUGCAUUGAUCCACUGUGUAUCCAACCAUCAUGGGCCAAUUCUUCUUGCUUCACACCUCGGAUGGUACCUUCUACCCCUUCCAGGACACGGAGGCCCAGAGCUGAGCCCCCGAAGAAACCAUCGCUUCCGCAGCUUGUUGUGGAACCAACUGAUGCAAGGUCAAAUUCUUUUGUUGGAACCCAUGAAUACCUUGCCCCAGAGAUAAUCAGAGGAGAUGGCCAUGGCAGCUCGGUCGACUGGUGGACUCUUGGCAUCUUCCUAUAUGAACUGCUCUAUGGCAAGACACCAUUCAGGGGACCUGGCAAUGACGAAACACUUACGAAUGUGGUCUCACAGGGGCUGAAAUUCCCUGAUAGCCCAGCAGUCAGCUACCACGCUCGCGACCUGAUCAGAGGGUUGCUCGUGAAGGAGCCAGAGCACCGGCUAGGCUCGAGGAAAGGAGCUGCUGAGAUCAAGCGACAUCCUUUCUUCCAAGGCCUGAACUGGGCCUUGAUCCGUUGGACUGCACCGCCCGAGACCCCGAAGAGCGUCGACACCUCAACCAUUGCGGCAGCGGUGGCACGGAAGAAGAAGGAAGGCAAGUGUCUUGAGUUCCGGAUGAAUGGGGAUGACAUCGAGUUUGAGCUCUUUUAGUAGUGGCAGUAGUAGUAGAGGUAGUACUUUGUAUUCUGAUGAAGAACAUCCAUACCAUGGUAGCUAGUAGAAGGUAGUAGUUUCACACUCCCCCACUCCUCCCCUGCAGUUCUUUCUGUU